CCAAACCUUCCCUUCUUUCAAUUCAUCAACGAAUACACACAGGAGAAAAGCCACACCAUUGCAGUACAUGUGGGAAGGCCUUUGGUAAAAUGUCUACUCUCAAGACACACCAGAGGAUCCAUACUGGGGAAAAGCCGUAUCAGUGUACCUCAUGUGGAAAGUAUUUCAGGAAUAGCUCCAUCCUCACCACACAUCAGAGGAUCCAUACUGGGGAAAAGCCGUAUCAGUGCACUACAUGUGGGAAGGCCUAUGGUCGAAAGUCUUAUCUCAAGACACACCAGAGGAUCCAUACAGGGGAAAAGCCCCAUCAGUGCAGUACAUGUGGGAAGGCCUUCAGUGAAAUGGGUUCUCUCAAGAAACAUCAGAGGAUCCAUACUGGGGAAAAGCCACACCAGUGCAGUACAUGUGGGAAGGCCUUUAGUCAAAUGUCUUCUCUCAAGAUACACCAGAGGAUCCAUACUGGGGAAAAGCCACACAAGUGCAGUACAUGUGGGAAGGCCUUUAGUCAAAUGUCAAAAUUCAAGACACACCAGAGGAUCCAUACUGGGGAAAAGCCACACCAGUGCAGUACAUGUGGGAAGGCCUUUAGUAAAACGUCUGAUCUCAAGAUACACCAGAGGAUCCAUACUGGGGAAAAGCCACACCAGUGCAGUACAUGUGGGAAGGCCUUUAGUUCAAUGUCUAAUCUCAAGAAACACCAGAAGAUCCAUACUGGGGAAAAGCCAUACCAGUGCAGUACAUGUGGGAAGGCCUUUAUUAAAAUGUCUACUCUCAAGACACACCAGAGUAUCCAUACUGGGGAAAAGCCACACCAGUGCAGUACAUGUGGGAAGGCCUUUAGUUCAAUGUCUAAUCUCAAGAAACACCAGAAGAUCCAUACUGGGGAAAAGCCAUACCAGUGCAGUACAUGUGGGAAGGCCUUUAUUAAAAUGUCUAAUCUCAAGAAACACCAGAGUAUCCAUACUGGGGAAAAGCCACACCAGUGCAGUACAUGUGGGAAGGCCUUUAGUAAAACGUCUGAUCUCAAGAUACACCAGAGUAUCCAUACUGGGGAAAAGCCACACCAGUGCAGUACAUGUGGGAAGGCCUUUAGUGUAAUGUCUCGUCUCAAGAGACACCAGAUGAUCCAUACUGGGGUGAAGCCGUAUAAGUGUUCUACAUGUGGAAAGUAUUUCAUGGAAAGCUCCAACCUAUCCAAACAUCAGAUUACACAUACUGGAGAAAAGCCACAUCAGUGUUCUCAUACAUGUGGGAAGGCCUUAAGUUGCAUGUCUGCUCUCAAGACACACCAGAUGAUCCACACUGGGGAAAAGCCACACCAGUGCAGUACAUGUGGGAAGGCUUUUAGUCACAUGUAUCAUCUCAAGACACACCAGAUGGUCCAUACUGGGGAAAAGCCACACCAGUGCAGUACAUGUGGGAAGGCCUAUAGUCACAUGUGUCAUCUCAAGACACACCAGAUGAUCCAUACUGGGGAAAAUCCCCACCAGUGCAGUACAUGUGGGAAGGCCUUAAGUUGCAUGUCUGCUCUCAAGAGACACCAGAUGAUCCAUACUGGGGAAAAGCCCCAUCAGUGCACUACAUGUGGGAAGGCCUUCAGGCAAAUUACACUUCUCAAAACACACCAGAGGAUCCAUACUGGGGAAAAUCCCCACCAGUGCAGUACAUGUGGGAAGGCCUUAAGUUGCAUGUCUGCUCUCAAGACACACCAGAUGAUCCACACUGGGGAAAAGCCACACCAGUGCAGUACAUGUGGGAAGGCUUUUAGUCACAUGUAUCAUCUCAAGACACACCAGAUGGUCCAUACUGGGGAAAAGCCACACCAGUGCAGUACAUGUGGGAAGGCCUAUAGUCACAUGUGUCAUCUCAAGACACACCAGAUGAUCCAUACUGGGGAAAAUCCCCACCAGUGCAGUACAUGUGGGAAGGCCUUAAGUUGCAUGUCUUCUCUCAAGACACACCAGAUGAUCCAUACUGGGGAAAAACCACACCAGUGCAGUACAUGUGGGAAGGCCUUUACUAAAAUGUUUCAGCUCAAGUUACACCAGAUGAUCCAUACUGGGGAAAUGCCACACCAGUGCAGUACAUGUGGGAAGGCCUUCAAUCAAUUGUGUCACCUCAAGAAACACCAGAAAGUCCAUACUGGGGGAAAGCCGUAUCGGUGUACUACAUGUGGAAAGUAUUUCAGGAGUAGCUCUGACCUCAACAAACAUCAGAUUACACAUACCAGAGAAACUCCAAGGAACUUGCAUCGCAGAGAACGUGUUGUGAACACGGGAACAAGACGCAGAGAUGAUUACGGUGGUUUGAGUAGAAAUGGUUCUUAUUAA